GUAAUAAAUAUAGGUCAUAAAAAAAAUGUAGUCUCCUGAUAAAUAAUUAUAAAUGCAAUUUGGAAUCAUGUAACUUAACAUGUACUAUUAGAAAAAUGACAAACGCUCAAAAUUCACCGGUUUUUAGGUCAAAAUUUGAUCCAAACAUCUCUGCAACUAGUAGCCUAAAUAGAUAUUUUCUUUGCAAUUACUGUGGUACGAGCGACAAGUUUGGAAGUAAACGAUUACUAAUCGAUCACUUGAAACGUUGUUGCAACAAUAAUGAGCGAAUUGGUGGGAAAACUGAUGAAAUAUCACCAACAUAUGACGAGAUAGUGCCUAGUAAUAGCAGUAAAGAACUCAAGGGCUCCUACUGUCACGUUUGCAAUCUCCACUACCGAACCGUAUGGGAUCUACGUUACCAUAUCCGACAAACGCAUUUCAACCUAAAAGCCAAAACACCGUACUGCAACAUGAAGAAAGUCAACCAAGUCUGGUUCGAGAAGGUACAGAAUUCCAACAAUAUCAUCGAAGUGCGCAAAACCGGGGCGAAUUCGUUGGUAAUAAGGAAGCUGAGUGAGAAGACGGCGAUCAAAGUGAACGAUAUGGACACAGAUGUUGUAGAUUUGACCCAUUUGUACCCGACGCUGAAGCGUGUUAGAGUGAAAACUGGGAAAGUAACAAUACAAUGUGAUAUCUGCCAGAAGAGAGUCCUGAAACGCUAUCUUGUACACCAUAAGUUGUUUAAACAUAAAGUUCUAAAAGAAAAGGUUGGAAACGUCAAGUCAACUUAAAAGAUUUAGAUUAUUUUGUUUAUCUACUCCGUUACUAUUAGCAUGUUUGAGACCACAAAUAUUCAGUGUGAAAACUUGACCAUCGCUACUGGAAGCGUUAGGUACGACCUGUGAGCAGAGCAGAGCUUGUGGUACCCACACAAGGUCUGCUUAGCAUGAUAUUUGAUGGCGCUAUGUGAAUUAUCAUAGAUAAGAAAACAUAUCUAUCCCUUUUAUAAAAUGUGUCAAUGGUGCUUUAGAAGGACUUUGUUGGGUAAAAAAAGGGAAUCUGAAAAAUCGUUUCGCGUCGUUCCCUCGUUGAACUUUAGAUAUCCAACACUUUGAUGAUGUGUAUCCAACACGAGAUGAUGUUCUAAAUGUGAUGAUUGUGUGGAGAAGGUAGCUGAUGAAUGCGUUUUUAUUAUUGCGGGCUUGAGCUAUUGUCCGGUACGUCC